UUGCUGGGUGUGCCUGGAUAUGCUUUCAGAAAUUAUAAGUACCAGCUGUCUAGAAGACGUAAAUUGGAGAAAAUGAGGAAGAAGGUGUUUCGCAGAUCAUUCUCCAGCCACGAAAGCUAUAGCCCAACUUCCCCAGUGGGGAGGCGGGAGAAUAAUUACCAGAGCAUCCCUGAAGGGGUAUGUAAUCAGUCGGAGGACUCCCAGAAAACAGGUCAGGAGUCACUGCUCAUGGAGCAGGAGUAGAAGGAGCAGAAGAUGUUCUUCAGCCUGAGUCCUUGACGCUUGUCUGCAAAUCCAUAUCAGCCUUCUAUCGUGCCUGAUAACCCUCUGCGGGGCACUUCUUUAAUGCCCUCCUAUACCAGCCCAGGGGCAGUUAAGAACACCAGCAUCCUUCCAAAUGUCCCAGCUCCCGGGGAAGGACCUGCAGCCCUACGGACCCAGGAAGACUCCAAUUCAGUAGAUACCCCUGAAAUGAAGACUCACUCCAUCUUCCUGGGGAAUAAACAUACUGCAACAUCUCUCUGCGUCCCUUCUGGUUUGGCUACAAGUUCACCAGUGCAUCCUGAGCCCUCUGUCUCUGAGGACCCUUCAGCCUGGUCUGUCGAUGAAGUGAUCCUGUUUCUACAACAUACAGAACCUCAGACAUUAGGACCCCUCGCCAGCCUCUUCAAGCGUUAUGUAAUGUAUCUUUUUCUCCAGUUUCCCUACCCUAAGGCCUUUGAGUGACCUCUGUGCAGGCUUUUCAGUUGGUUACUGAGUCAUGCAAAUGGUGGGGCCUCGCU